CUUGAAUAUAUUUUACUUCAAAGCUGAACAGUGACCCUCUGUAGCAGGCUUUGCAUGGCUACUUCUACUUACUGCUAUUACUGGCUAUUGGAAGACCUUAGUGACAGAAUCUUCUUGUGUACAAUCCCUGGAUGGUGUGACCAACCCAAGUGCCUACAGCAUCUUUGCAGCUGUUGAUUUUACUGUUUUCGUUCCUAUUGGAGAAAUUACCGGUCCAGCAAUGUCUUUGUUGUGUUUGGCAGACUUUAAGGCACAUGCACAAAAGCAACUGUCUAAGACCUCCUGGGAAUUUAUUGAAGGAGAAGCUGAUGAUGGCAUCACCUACAAUGACAACCUGGCAGCAUUUAGAAGAAUCCGCCUCCGCCCCAGAUACCUGAGAGAUGUUUCAAAGAUAGACACCAGGACCACAAUCCAAGGGCAGGAGAUCAAUGCCCCCAUUUGCAUCUCACCCACAGCCUUUCACUCGAUUGCCUGGGCAGAUGGAGAAAAGAGCACAGCUAAAGCUGCUCAGGAGGCCAACAUCUGCUAUGUCAUCAGCAGUUAUUCCAGCUAUACUGUGGAAGACAUUGUUGCUGCUGCCCCUGGAGGCCUCCAUUGGUUCCAACUCUAUGUGCAGCCAGACUGGGACAUCAACAAGCAGAUGGUUCAGAGGCUAGAAGCCUUGGGUUUUAAAGCUUUGGUGAUCACUGUAGAUGUGCCUGUACUUGGCAAUAGGCGAGGGAACAAGAGAAACCUGCUGGAUUUGGAGGCAAACAUAACGCUGAAGGAUCUCCGAUCCCCCGGAGAGAGAAAGUCCAGCCUUCCUGCUCCCACGUCUAUGCCAAGUACAUCUUUCUGCUGGAAUGAUCUCCCCUUGCUUCAGAGUAUAACUCGGUUGCCCAUUAUCCUCAAAGGGAUUUUGACAAAAGAGGAUGCAGAAUUAGCAGUGAAGCACAACAUCCGAGGCAUCAUUGUUUCCAACCAUGGUGGGAGGCAGCUUGAUGAGGUUCCUGCUUCUAUUGAUGCUCUGAGAGAAGUGGUGGCUGCUGUCAACGGGAAAAUUGAAGUGUACAUGGAUGGUGGGGUUCGAACAGGCAAUGAUGUGUUUAAAGCACUGGCCCUUGGAGCUAGGUGCAUUUUUCUUGGGAGACCAAUCAUUUGGGGCCUUGCCUGCAAGGGUGAACAUGGUGUUAAGGAAGUUUUAAAUAUUCUAAAAGAAGAACUCCACACUUGUAUGGCCCUUUCAGGCUGCCGGUCAGUUGCUGAGAUCAAUUCAGACCUAAUUCAGUUCUCCAGAUUAUAAGGAACUACUGAGAUUGCCUACAAGAGAAAGACAAGCCUUCAACAUAGUGUGUGAUGCUGUUCUUCGGGUCCCAUCAUACAUAGAAGUUUGAGCCCUCUACCCUCAAAAAUUGAGACAGAUGGAGAUAAGAUAACCUACAGCUACCAGAGGGUGCAUUUUGAUGAAGGAAUAACAUCUAAUGUUCUACAGGAUAACUAUAGUUAACAAUUAAUUGACUAUGUCAAAAAGCCAUGUUCUAGCAAGAAAGGAAAUACUUACAUCUGAUGUGACAUACCAGUUACCUUCAUUUGAUUAGUAUUACCUUAUACAUUAUUGAAAUGUCAAACUGUGCCAUAAUUAUGUGCAAUUACUAUGUAUCAAUUAAAAUAGCAAUAUAUGUUCAAAAGAAAUGGGGACAGGGUUAUCCUGAUUUUAUUCAUUCCCUCCUGCAAGAAAUAUUUUUAAAACUUCAAUAUAUGUAGUCAAUUUCUGAAGCAUAAUAUAGCAUGUGAAUUAUUCAAGUUUCUGUCACAACAUGUUACAGAAAUAUUAUGAUCUAUUGACUAAUGUCCAUUUUUUGAGCUGACCUCAAAAAAAAAAAAGAAAGAAAGAGGAAGAUUUUGAAACUCAUAUUCAAGACUCUAUGACUAAAUUAAAAUUAAAUAUUCCAGUCAUUUACUGAUACAUGAAAAAGAAGAUAUCUUUAUUCUGGUCAUAAUCAUUUUGUCAGAUAAAUCUAAGCCUUUUCAAU